AACUCUUUUCAGAUAUAUAUAUACGCAUUAGAGAUAAUUAACAAACAAAAAAAUUCAGUCUCAAAAUUCAAAUCAUAGUUAUGGAAUUUUUACACAAGCUGUGGGAUGAAACUUUGGCCGGUCCUACGCCGGAAUAUGGUCUCGGGAAGUUGAGAAACCAUACAUCUAGUGAAAAUGGCCACCGGAAGUUGCUUGUCAAUCUAGGUUGUGUCCCGGAUUCUCCUAACGGGUCAAGAAAUCCAGCUUCUCCUAUGACCCCUGGAACACCAAAUGAAACGCAUGCUACAAGUCUCAAUGCUUGCGAUUGGAUUGUGCUAAACGCAUUGGACCGUUGAAAAAGAACAAAGAAUAUGAUAAGAAGGAUCUGAACUGAAAGUACUUUUGGUGUUUACGUAAUGGUAUGUAUAUGCUAUGUACAUAAUGGUCACUUUUGGUGUUUUUAGCAAUUUUCAAUAGCUCACUAUAAAUAUCAGAUGUUUUUGUCGAGCUGAGGACGUUUUGGGAGGGGGGCAAUUAGAGAGAGAAAAGCAAUAAUUUUCGUAUUAACUCCGCUUAGCUCUUUGAUUGUCAUUUCCUGUAAAUCCUUCACUUCAAUUCUACGUUAAUAAAAGGACCAAUUCCGAUUUAUCCCA